AUGUCUGGGAUCACAUGUAAGGACUGCCUCACUGGCUCUUUUCAGCAGGAGGAACUGUUGAAACAAUUCACGACUUGCCGACUUAUGUGAAGCGUCCAGAAAGCGAGCCGACAGGGGUUGUGGUUAUUAUUACUGAUAUCUUCGGUUGGGAAUUGGCGAACUCACGCUUGUUGGCUGACUUUUAUGCAAAAGAAGGGGGUUAUAUUGUCUAUGUGCCGGAUUUCAUGAACGGUAUGUAAAGCUGGAAUCUCAUUUAUUGUGGAGAUUAAAAGGGGAUAUUAAGAAUCGAUACAGGAAAUAUUCCCAACUCAUCAGCCAUGCACGCAAUGGAAUCACUCCUCGCCCCCUCUCCAUCAAUCUUCACAACUAUAUUCUACAAACCCUUUUGGGCCCUCCGUGUCUUAAUGGCCGCAAUUCCCUUCCUACUCACCAACCGCGAAAAAGAGGUGCUCCCCAAAAUCCUGUCCUUCCACCAAGCACUGCGCGACUCCACGACUCUCCCCAUAGCCUCGGCGGGUUUCUGCUGGGGAGGGAAAUACACCAUUCUCCUUGCCCAAAGAACAGAGCCAGCGUUGAUAGAUUGCGCCUUCACGGCUCAUCCUAGUAAAAUGAAUUUCCCCCAUGAAUACAAGAAAGUCAAGAUCCCUCUCAGUAUCGCGAUUGGCGAUGUGGAUAUGGGCAUUCCAAUUGAGAUGGUUAAAAAGAUUAAGGGGUUGCUGGAGGAGAUGGAGGGGAAUGAAGUUGUUGUUUAUGAGGGAGCUAAACAUGGUUUUGCAGUUAGGGCUGAUCCCAAUGAUAAGGGCCAGGUGAAGAGUGCGGGGGAGGCCAGGGCACAAGCUUUGAAGUGGUUUGGGAGGUGGCUUAGUUCUUGA